AAAUACUCUUCUUCUUUUGAAAUUGGAAAAGACCUUUAAAACAUCUUCUUUCUCUCUUUACCCAUCAUUGCGAAGAUGCCUUUUCUUAAUUUUCUGUUUCUUCUAAUCCUACUCUUGCCUUCUUCUCUGAAAGGCUUUCCCAAUGUAAUCCCAUCAACUGAACAACCCACACACACGCAAUCUUUGAUCAUGAAAGCUUGCACCGGCGUCGAAAACCAGGAUUCAUGCAUGUUGAGUAUGCAAGUUGAGCUCGAAAAGGCAGGUUCCCCUUCUGGUCAUUCAGUUUUGAGUGCUGCCUUGCGGGCUUCCCUAAGUGAAGCAAGGUUAGCCGUUGAUACGAUCACAAAAUUCAACUCCUUGUCUAUCAGCUAUCGCGAACAAGUAGCCAUUGAAGAUUGCAAAGAGCUUCUUGAUUUCUCAGUCUCUGAGUUGGCUUGGUCAUUGGAAGAGAUGGAGAAAAUUCGAGCAGGUGAUAUGAAUGUUCGCUAUGAAGGGAAUCUAAAAGCUUGGCUGAGUGCUGCACUAAGUAACCAAGAUACAUGCCUCGAAGGCUUCGAAGGCACGGACCGACGUUUGGAGAACUUCAUGAGAGGAAGCCUGAACCAGGUUACGCAGCUAAUCGGUAAUGUAUUAGCUCUGUAUACUCAGCUGCACAGCAUGCCUUUUAAACCGUCACGAAAUGGCACUGUCACCAACAGAAGUCCAGAAUUCCCAGAAUGGAUGACAGAAGGUGAUCAAGAACUUUUAAAAGCCAGUUCUGUUGGUAUUCAUAUAGAUGCUAUUGUGUCCUUGGAUGGGAGUGGCCAUUACCGUACAAUUACGGAGGCGAUUAACGAAGCUCCAAGCCACAGUAAUAGGAGGUAUAUCAUAUAUGUGAAGCAAGGAGUUUACAGAGAAAACAUUGAUAUGAAGAAGAAAAAAACCAAUAUUAUGUUAGUAGGCGAUGGUAUUGGUAAGACUGUGGUGACAGGGAACCGCAAUUUUUUGCAGGGAUGGACUACAUUUAGAACUGCAACUGUGGCUGUUUCUGGAAGAGGAUUCAUAGCAAGAGACAUGACCUUUCGCAAUACGGCUGGGCCACAGAACCAUCAAGCCGUGGCACUCCGUGUCGAUUCAGACCAAUCAGCCUUUUACCGGUGCAGCAUGGAAGGUUAUCAAGACACCCUAUAUGCUCACUCUCUCCGGCAAUUUUACCGGGAAUGCAACAUUUACGGCACCAUAGAUUACAUAUUUGGAAAUGGAGCGGCAGUUUUCCAGAAAUGUAAGAUAUUCACUAGAGUCCCAUUGCCCUUACAGAAGGUCACAAUAACAGCCCAGGGAAGAAAAAACCCACAUCAAAGCACUGGAUUUUCAAUCCAAGAUAGCUACAUUUUGGCCACACAACCCACUUAUUUAGGCAGGCCAUGGAAACAGUUUUCCAGGACUGUUUUUCUGAACACUUACAUGGGCGGUUUGGUCCAGCCCAGAGGGUGGCUCGAGUGGUAUGGUAAUUUUGCUCUGAGUACACUGUGGUAUGGUGAGUAUAAGAAUUAUGGUCCUGGUGCCCCAGUCUCAGGCCGGGUGAAAUGGCCCGGUUACCACAUUAUCCAAGAUGCUUCCACCGCCAAGUUCUUCACCGCCAGGGAGUUCAUCGACGGCAUGUCGUGGCUGCCGUCAACCGGUGUUAAGUUCACGGCAGGUUUAAGCAAUUAAGUCAAAGUUAUAUCUUAAAGAUUAGUUUUGGAAUCAUCUUAUUGAUUUAUUGGUUCCAAUAAUAAUGUAGUCAUCAGCCAAAACCCUUAUUCAUGAUUCAUGUGUUGUGUAUAAUUUUUAUAUUAUAAUUUAACAAAUAGAAGUAGUUGGUGUUAGUUUGUAGUUA